GGCGUCGUCCCUCUGCCCGAGAUUUCAAAACGGGGAAAGAGGAAACGACACAUCUCAGGCUCUCUCUCGUCGUCUCUCUAGGAGGAACCGAGACCUGACUCUCAGAUCUCCCCUCUCUCUCUCUCUCUCUCUCUCUCUCUGUUAUCUGGACCUCACGCAGAUCCCCAGUGGAAGCUGACAGAGAAGACGAGAUGAGGAGAGCUUGAAACACGAACACCUCGCACGCGUUCACGUCCUCUGCAACGAGAAGAAGACCGUCACGGAACAUGGGAAUGGCUCGUUCUCUAGUGGGUCGCACCCUCGCGGCGGCGCUCGCGCUCCUCUUCCUCCUCUCCGUCGCCGCCUUAUCUUCCGCCGCACCACCACCCUCCCGCGGUCGAAAGCUCGGGUUUUUCUACACCCGCACCCGAGGACGAUGCACUCCUCAGUACUGGAGCAGUGGGCGAGAGAAGUGGCCGAGGAUGUUGCCGAGGAAGUCGACGGUGUCGAGGGCGUUCGGGUCGAGGGCAAUCGGCGAGCGUUACGGCGGCGAUCUGACGGUGUGGGAGUCGACGGCCGGGGUAGUCGGCGGGGGGGACGCGUACGGCAGGCUGGUGAAGCAGGCGAGCGCGGCCCUCCUCAACUCGUACGCCCGGAAAGGGUUCGCCUACUCGGCUUGGGAAGUGAAGACCCUGCUCAUCCAGGCCUUGGCCUCGCCGCAAGCCGCCGCCGCCCAGGCCGACCGGUUCGCCGUCGCCAAUGAAGCCUGUAAUUAACUGAUCCUUUGUUUUUUUUUUUUUUUUUUUUUUUGUUCUUUUCAUCCUCUUUCUAGUGAGGUUUGAGCAACCGUAGGUCCGUAGGUACAGGAACGAUUUGCCAAAGCGGCAUGUAAAAUAGACAAUGAUCGAUCUUUAUUUAAGAGUUUAACCAGCAGCAGAGGGUCACGCGAUAUCACGUGAUGUCGCCUGAAACA